AUGGAUAAAAUUGACGCUAAACCAAAAGUCUCUUCUGACUUUAUUUCUUCAGAUAUUGGACAAAAAAUUUUUAUGAUGCUCAGUAGUCCAAACCAUAAAAACCUUGUCCAUGUUCAAAGAAGUACAAGUGUUCAAAAACCAAUUGUAAAAGUUAAUAAAGCUUCAUCGAAUGUUAAUUCUGAUAUCACAUCUGUGCGAAAAACAAUUCCCAAGAUACCUAGAACGGAGAAUAACGUUAUAAAAAAGCAAGAUACUACGUCGAGUAAUCGCUCAACACAUAUCCAAAAAUUUACCCAUCGUGACGAGCAACGACAACUUGCUUCGGCUUCUCGCAAUGCUAGAGAUGAAGAUCAUUCGGACGAUGGUUUCGAUUUGAAACAAGCUGAUUUGAGAUUAUUAAAGCUUGUAAAGAGAACGCUUCUUAGGUACAUUGAAGAGAUUCCAUCAAGAAAAUUAAAGAGUGGUGAACUCACAGCAACAGAGAUCAGACCUUAUAUUAGAGACGUUCACUUUCCUAGAUUUAAAAAGUAUUUGCUUAAUAAGGGAAUACAAGCUCCUAAUAUAAUGAUACUUAAGUGUAUUAAAGAUCUUCACAUUUCUCGUCGUGACGUGUGGCUCAAGAAACAAAGGAAAUUACGUGAAGAACGUUCCCAAGAACAACUUGAUAGCGCAGAGGCUCUACCACCUAGGACAGAUGGCUAUGUAGCAUUUAAAUCAAAAAUGAUUCGUGAAUAA